AAUUGGUAAAAUAACAGAUUGGUCAGAUAGUUGACUUUUUGUGAUGCAAAACUGUGUUUCGAAACUUGAGUUCACCUUCAAACAAUGUUUGCUUGCCUAAUAGUAAAACAUUUCAUACUGGAACACUGCCAACAUUCAUGGCCCAAGGCAGUGUUUGUACAUUGGCGUUAUAAAGGCGUGUCUAAAGGCGGAAAGGUAAAAUGCAAAGACGUAGGUUUCCAGCCUAAACUGGCGUUGCAGUUCAGAGGAUUCCCUGGUUACUAAAAUGCUGAGCUCGUCUGUUACAUCUUAGGGUUGCGUCAUUAUUCAGUCAUCAAAUAAUCACAUGACCAAAAUAAGACAUAAAAAAAGAAAAUAAAUAGAUAGAUUUAUAGAUAGAUAAAUAAAUAGGGCACAAUAAUAAGACUAAAGUAUAUUUUACACGUACACCUGUGAGCGCCCUUUUGUUUUGUCUUUCAUAACCUGUUUAUAUUGCAAACUUUUUAAGUUUUUAUUUUAAUUCUGUCAUUUAAAUUAUUUUUAGGGCCUGUAUCAGGUGACAAUGUGUUUUUUACGGACUAUGCGCGCAUUUUCUACUCUUACAUUUAUUCUACCAUGACCUAUAGGUAAACGUAACAAAAACGGACGAUCUUUGUUAUUAAUUAACAGAUAAAAACAGCUCUAUCAGCGUUCCCAUGUUACGUCACGUUUACUGCUCCACUUCUCUGUUCUGUUCGUGUUUUGUGUGAUCUUCCGCGUUGUCUGAGCGACGCCUCUCCCACUGACGUCACUGCAACCUGAACCUCUGCAAACUUGCGCUGACGUUUCACCUAUAAACAGUAGACGCCUGUUACCAACAGUAAAUAAAUAAACUCUGGGGUAGCCAGAACAAAAUCCUAACCUUUAUUUAACUGGAACAAAGAUCUAUUUAGAUUUGAUUGACAGUGCCACUAUUUUUAAAAGGGUGAGUUAGAGAAGAAAACGUGUCUAUGAUAUUCUUGACAGUUUACAGACUGCUUUAAUGCAGCUUAUCAUUAAUUACAGCAUGAGGCAAUUUUCCGUCCAUGAGGAGGACACACACAGAUCAGAAGCCAUGGGGCGGAUCUGCCGGGAAACACUUGGACCUCUGACAGAAGGGAGGCCCAUCGCCCUUGUGUGUGAAAGCGGGAUUACCUCAUCCGAUCUAUGAAUAGAGAUUUUCACACAGGUCAUGGACACGAACAACAAUGUUUUCUUCCAGUCCAAGUGUCAAUUAGAAAAUGAAAAGCCUUUGAUGUUCAUACACGAGCUUAAUGUGGAAUACACAGCACAGCAGCUUAUUAAGAAAUCCAUACUAGCGGGUAUAAAAUAGUCACUUUUAAGAAAAAGUGCUCUUUCGUUAAUUUGGGAUAAAUUUGGUGAAGAUGUCGUCAUAACAAUGUCAUCGAAUUAAGGGUGAUAUGAUAAAAAUAGGCUGUGCCGCAGUAACGCUGCAGCCAAGGGCUUCACACCGGAAGCGCCAAAUAUGGUCAGGACACGCUGCUCUCUGAUUGGCUGUUCACAUUAGCGACAGGGUUGUUGCUGGAGCGCUUUGAGUGGGAGAUCCAUCAUUGUAAUUGACAAGAGAUGCGAGAAAAUCAUACUUUUAAUAGCAAGGGCGCGGUUGAACUCUUACAACAAUCGUGUCAUUGUCAUCACUGCGUGUUUUGCAUUUUCUCCUCAUUAAUCCCCCAGUCUGUGCUUUCUACCACAUACUUUCGCUGAUGAUGUAAAAUGCAGACAUGCUAUUCUAAAUAUGUUUUAUAUAUGUAACCAUCGAGGAUAUUUAGCUGUACAUCUCUGCAGAAUCUAUCAUAAGACACAGGCCGCAAACAAAGCACGUAAAAUGACGUAUCUUAUUCAUUCACGUGAAUGCUUGAACAUGAACACCUGCUGCCAACCCACUGCGGUUUCACAUAGCUUGGUACCUUAUUAGAUUGCAUACAAUAGAAAAAAUGUUGAAUGAAUGCGCCUCGUUUAGUGUCAGGGGUAUUUGUGAAAUGCAGCAGGCUACUUGGCUCGUGUUUACCGUCUCCCCUCCAGAUCAGUGGUACGGUCUCGUCUCACAGUUUUCAUUCAUAAAAAUCUGCCUCACUAUAAAAAACAGCAGCGCUGAUGGCUGAUGCCUCCUAGCGUAGUAACCAAAAUCUAGAUUUGACCAAAAAAAUACAACUGCAAACCUGCAUUUGGUGACAUUAGUCACACGUUAAUCUUGCUCUCGUCAUCUCCUGGCGUGGUCUGGCAGAAGUGAUGCCUAAAAACGUGUUCGCAUGUCGGAGUGUUUCUCAGGUGUCUGCAGAAGAAGAGCUGCACGCAUCAGCAUCUCACAUGAACGAUACGCAGGCUGGUCUUCUUAAGGACGAGUGUUCAAAUGCAAAGGUAGAUGAUGGUCCCUUUGUUCCCACGGUCACUGCUGUAGCAUCAGCUCCAGACCUGAAGUGGAUGGUCCUGUCGACCGACAUCUCUUCAGUGUCACCCUGCAGCGUUGCGAGAGAUGAGAGACCUCAGAGCUCAUCUCGUUCCAAAGAUAACAAAGCUACUCGAAAGAUUUUUACUGGGAGGAGAAAAGGGGCGAAAGACCAGCUUUCUCCAGAGGAAGAGGAGAGAAAGAGGAUCAGGAGAGAAAGGAACAAACUUGCGGCUGCCAAGUGUCGAAAUCGUAGACGAGAAUUAACCGACAGCCUCCAAGCAGAAACUGAUAGUCUUGAGGAAGACAAAGCAGCUUUGCAAGCUGAGAUCGCCAGUCUGCUGAAAGAGAAACAAAGACUGGAACUCAUUCUUUCUUCUCACAAACCCCACUGUAAAAUCACAGAGGAGGCCCAAGAAGAAACUGAGGAGAAGGUCCAAGAGCAGGACGACCAGACACCCCCUCAAUCUCCUAACUCCACCCAAGAACCUAACCAGGUGCCCACCUCCCCUCAACAACCCGACCCCACCUGCACUGCGAUUUUUGGGGACUCUGAUGUCCUGCUGUGUUCCAGUGCAGAACUGGGCGCUGUUGAGGUGGAACCCUACAUCGAUAUGAGGGAUGUGUCCAUGGAGGACAUAAGCGAUGUGAUUGACAGCAGCGAUGACAUGGAUCUGUUAGUGCCGGAUAUCGAUCUCACGAGCUCUCUGGGUUUGAGCGAAUGGGAAACCUUGUACAUGUCCAUGGGUGGUGGGUUAGAACCCAUCACCUCUCCAACAUGUAGCCCCACCUGUAGCAGCAGCAACGUUGUGCCUGUUUUCAGCUUCAACAGUGCAGAUUUAGAGAAACAGGAGGGCUUGAGCAAAACUGAUGCAGCCAAAGAAGUCUUGAUGAAUUAAUAAAGCUCACGCUGCAUUGUCAAUGAAAAGGAGUAGUGUUAUCCAUGUGAAACACCUUACUUGAGCUAUUGAUGAACCAAAAAACCCUAAAACACAGUGUUGUCAAAAAUGGGUCGUGUUCUUCACAAAAUAUGGUGAAUGCUGUGUCAAAAUGUUUUAAAGACAUAUGAUGUAACGUGAUUCUUACAUCUAACAUUACAGAUUUGUUGCUUCCAGAUGUUGAAAGUAUUGUUGUUCAUAUUGUUGAAAGACAUGCUUAUAAGUUCAUGCACUUUUGUACCUGUAGGUACGUGUAACUAUAUCAGGUGAUAUUGUGCUGUACUGUGCAGUGUUACACAGUAUGUACGUGUGUCUGUUUGAAUACUAGCUUGUAUUUUGUGGUACUGUCAAAAAAUGUGAUUCUGAACAUGGUGGCAAAAUACUAUGAAGACAUUAUGCAUACUGCUUUAUCCUGCUUUGGUCUGGCAUGUCUCUAACAGAGAAUAUUAAAAU